CCCACCGUCCUGCCACAGGAAAACGGAAAGAAAUCGGCAACUCCAGCGGCUGCUCCCGUCUCUCCCGUCUCUCCAAGAGCAUCUCGGGCUCAGACAUGGGGGAAAUCGUCCUGCCACGGCGCAUGUUCCUCUGGUGCAUGGCGGUCAUCUAUCUGGCUGCUUUUGUUUCCCUCUACGUCCAGAUACCAGGUCUCUAUGGGAAUGAGGGGCUGCUGCCUGCUCGUUGGCAGUUGCGGUACAGCGGUAAGCCUCUAGGGGAGCAGCUGCUGACCUCUCCCACCCUUCUGUGGCUGGGACCUUAUCUCGGUCUGGACACGCACAACGCCAUGGAGCUGCUGUGUCUCAUAGGGGCCGCGCUGAGCCUCGCCGCCACGCUGGUGGAAGCCCUUCGAGACAGUGUGGUGUUUUUCUGCCUCUGGGCUCUGUACCUGUCCAUGUACCAGGUGGGUCAGGUGUUUCUCUACUUCCAGUGGGACAACUUGCUCCUGGAGACGGGGUUCCUCUGUAUCCUUGUUGCUCCGUUGACGUUAAUCAGAGGGUCACGAGGGGUCCGAGAGCACGAUCGUGUGACCUUCUGGCUGAUCCGCUGGUUGCUCUUCAGGCUCAUGUUUGCCUCUGGUGUGGUGAAACUCACGUCACGUUGUCCCACAUGGUGGGGCCUGACAGCUCUGACAUAUCACUAUGAGACUCAGUGUAUCCCCACCCCUCUGGCCUGGUUUGCCCACCAGCUGCCAGUGUGGUGGCAGAAGCUGAGUGUGAUGGGGACAUUCGUCAUUGAGAUCGCUGUUCCCUUACUCUUCUUCAGCCCACUGCGCAGACUCCGGCUCGGAGCUUUUUACAUGCAGGUGCUGCUUCAGGUGCUCAUCAUUUUGACUGGCAACUACAAUUUCUUCAACCUGCUGACUCUGGCCCUCAGUCUGUCGCUUCUGGACGACCAGCACGUACACUUCUGGCUACGCAAGGCAGACAAGAUCACCAACAACGACUCCAAGCUGUGGUCUUGGCUGUGUUACUUGCUGGAGCUGGCAGUCUGGUCUCUCAUCAUCUUUGGAGCAGUUAUGUGCUUCGACCUUCAGCUGGAUACAACAAAGAAAAUCGUCUCCUCCAGGAUAGCAUUCACAUACCACCACUUUAACCAGUUUCUGAAGACUGUCACUAUCCCCUGUAUCUGGAUUGGUGUCCUCUCACUCACCUGGGAAAUGGUCACAUCCAUGUUCAGGUGUGCUUGUGUGUCUGGUUUUCUGAAGAGGUUUUGUGGAACUGUCCAGUGGACUGUGUUUGCUGCUGCCACCGCUGCUAUGUUCACUAUCAGUCUGGUGCCAUUCAGCUACAUAGAGUUUGACUCUAAUGCCAGGUUGUGGCCGGGCGUGCGUCGGGCCUACGAUCUGGUUGAUCGCUACCAGCUGGUCAACUCAUACGGCCUGUUCAGGAGGAUGACCGGGGUCAGUGGGCGGCCAGAGGUUGUCAUUGAGGGGAGCAACGAUGGAGUGUCGUGGACGGAGAUUGAGUUUAUGUAUAAGCCAGGCAACCUAAGUGCACCCCCUUCUGUGGUGACCCCUCACCAGCCCAGGUUGGACUGGCAAAUGUGGUUUGCAGCUCUCGGGACUCACACACAGGCUCCGUGGUUCACCAGCCUCAUGUACAAGCUGCUGCAGGGCAAAAGAGAUGUGAUAGAGUUGAUCCAGACUGAUGUGUCUCAGUAUCCGUUCCACCAGCAGCCUCCCGCCUACCUCCGAGCCCACCGCUACAGAUACUGGUUCACUGAGCCAAAGGCUGACGGUACAUACCCACAGCGUUGGUGGCGGAGGGUCUAUGAUGAGGAAUUCUAUCCCACAGUGCACCUGGGCAACACCUUCCUGGAGAGCAUGCUCAACCAAUAUGGACUCAAGGACAAAGCGCCUCCACGUCGAAUAUCCAACACCACUGUUGCCCAGGCGGUCAGGUGGGUGCGCUCUCAGGUCAGAGGUGUUCCUGCCCCCAUACUAAUCUGGACCCUCAUUGUCUGCAGCACCACCCUCUGUCUGCUCCUGGGAUUGCAAAACAGGAGUAAAUGCACGACGUUGAGCGAUCACACUGAAAAUUUACCUGACUCUUCAGACCAUUGUGGGAAGUCAGGUGAACAGCAGGCAGUUGAGGAGGAGGAGGAGGCGGAAGAUGGAGAGGGCAGUGAAGAUGAAGUUGAGGAGGGCGAGGGAGAGGAGAAAGACACUGUUGGUGAUGAAGAGGAGGAUGAGGCACAAGAGAAGGAGGAGAGGGGUAGAGGAAGAAGACAGGAAAGAAAAAGAUGAGAACCUCGGAAAAAGAAAGUUUUGAAAAAGAUCCCCACAGUAGACUGUUAUCACCACCUGCCUUCUUAAAAAACAAAAUGGCCAAAGGAAUUGUUCUGUGUAUAUUUGUAUUUCCAGAUCAGCCAGUUAUAUUAAAUUAAUUUAAUUUGCCUUCAAAUGUUUGCCACUUUACUGCAGUGCAUUGUUCAUACUGUAUAUCAGUUGUCUACAUCAGGAACAACUCGCUUACACCUACCUGGUUGGUUCUGACUUCAGUUGAACAAAAUUAAAUCUAGUCUGCAGAACAAAUCAUUUUGAAAGAGAGAAAUAUUAAAUUAAAUAUAUAAGGUGGGUUCUGUUUCAAGAGAGUAAAUGUGUGUUGUUCAUGUUUCUCUUUGUCUCCUGUUUGUAUUGCGUUUGUGUGUUUGCAUAAGGUAUAUUGUCACUGGUCUUUCGCUGUAUGUACAGAACUAAAAGAAGUCUGCACUUUCUCCUUUUUUCCACAAAGGUGUCUUUUGUUUCUGCCAGUAUUAGAAAUGAAGCAUCUCGCAAAUUGUAGUACUUUUAAAAUGUUUUUUAUAACAUAUUAAAAUACAGUAAAAUAGAAA